AUGGAUGGACGGAUGGAUGGACACAUCACUGUGCUCACCUUCCACCUGCUCCAGCGCCUAAGGAGUGAAACUCUGCGUAGGCCUCGUUCCAGCAGCGAGCAGCAGCUGUCCCACAGUGCAGAGGCACUCCGUGAGGAGGAGCGCCGGAGUCUGGACUGCCCCGCCAUGCCCCAGGAUGUAACCGGGGAACCGACGCAGAGCUCCGCGGACGACAUCCGAGUGCGCGCGGAUUAUCACGGCGGCUGGUUCCUCACGCUCACGUCCAUGAUCGGGGGGGCGAGCACACCCGGCAAAGAUGGAAAAACCUGGUGGAAGCUGGAGGCGUCGGCUCCCCAGCAUCACCUGAAAAACUGGAAGGUAUUCCACAAGGCCGUGGAGACGGCCCCAUACACCAAACGAUGCAGACACAAUUUCCACCUCAAAGAGCUGAUAGAACAGGACGGCUCCCCUUUCGGUUGCCACAACGUGUUGCUGUGGGUGGUGGCGUCAUUGCUGACACUAGUGGAAGAUGUGUUUUCUGAAGAGGACAAUAAAAAGGGUCAGUCAGACCUCCGCCGUGUCCUCGGGCAGUCCUCCUUAUCCCCUGCUGAGGAUCUUGAACAGGACAGCACACACUGGCUUAAAGCUCUCGAGGAUUGGUCUCUGAUGCAGGAAGAGGAAAUCCAGCGGAGCAGAUGGCGGCGCUCCCCUCGUGACCCAAAUCCGUCCAGAAUUUCACGGAGGAACCGCAAGAAGACCAAGAGCAGUCCCGACUGCCACCUAGAGAGGAAGCAGAUGCGAGUGCGGAAUCUUGGUAUCGGCUACGACUCGGAUGAAAUAAUCCUCUUUAAAUACUGCGUUGGGACAUGCCAUGGCUCCCGGAAGAACUACGACCUGGCUCUGAAGGCUCUGAUGGACAACGGGAGCAUCUCCGGCAAGAAGGUCAGCGAUCACCCAUGCUGUCGGCCCACCCGGUACGAGACUGUGUCCUUCAUGGACACCCAGACUACCUGGCAAACUAUUAAGUGGCUCUCGGCGGCCAACUGCAGCUGUGUGGGCUGAGUGCAAAGAAGAGUGUUCAUCUGCAAAGAGGGAACGUUAUUGUGCGACAAAAGGACAAAACCUUAGUUCAUACGUUCUGAGGCAAGCGGGCCUGGACCAGGAUCCUCAGCACAGUGGCCUUGGCCUUCACUCCGCUACCAGCCUGGAUCGGGAUUCGACUUGCAACACCUUGAGACAGAAGCAUGUUGGCUCUGUUUGUCAACAGCCAGGGGCUGGGGAGGGGUUUUUUUCAAUACCCCCAGUUAUCAGCACAGAAGAGGAGCCGUCAGUACUGUUCCAGUCCAUAAUGAGCUGCAUGCUGGGUACUUCAUUGAGCCGCUGAGGGCUUAAAGCAGCGAUGUGGAAGAUCUUCAGUUCUUUGGCUAAAGAGGCUCUGAGUAGCUAAUCGUGUUUUUAAGCGCGGAGCUUGGCGGCCUUACUGGAAUUCAGUGGGCCUUUCAGUUGAUUUAUGAAAUUUGUUCUUUUUGAUUGCCACCUGUCAAUUUUAACAUUAACCUGCUCUUCUGUUUGUCAGAAUG